UAGAUAAUUGAUUAAUUGCUCAAGAUGGCGGAUAUUGAGACGAUAGAAACUGUGCAAAGUCAUGGAAAUGACGUCCAUCAGAGGCCCAAGACAACGAAAUCCGUAAUCUUAGAAGAGAGAGAUGAAGAUGAGAAAGUUAGCAAAAAGCCAGGAAACACGGCAUUCAAGCAGCAGAGGUUACCAGCAUGGCAGCCUAUCUUGACCGCAGGAACGGUCCUUCCGAUGUUCUUCCUUGUGGGUAUUGUCUUUGUGCCUCUUGGAGUAGGGUUCCUGGUGACAUCUAACAAUGUUCAAGAAGUGGUACUUGAUUACACAACAUCAUGCACCUACCAGAAUGCAACCAACGGAACAAAAGAUUGCACUGAUUUCUAUGAGUAUCCAGAGAAUGAAAACAGUUCCUGUACAUGUACAAUGAAGUUUGAGCUAAAUACCAAGAUAGAUGGCCCCAUCUACAUGUACUACCGCCUGACCAACUACUACCAGAACCAUCGUCGCUACGUGAACUCUCGGGAUGACAUCCAGCUCCUGGGUAAGAACCCCCUCAGUGUGAGCAGCGACUGUAGUCCUUACGACGAGGAGCUUUGUAUAUACUCCAAUACAUCGGAGGAGAAGAUACCGUACGCUCCAUGUGGAGCCAUCGCAAACAGUCUCUUCAAUGAUACAUUCAAUAUAACGUUUGAUGAUGAUGGUCAGCUGCCAAGUGGUAAGGAGGUCUUGCUAGAUAGAACCAACAUCGCCUGGGCCAGUGACAUUAGGACCAAGUUCAGGAAUCCUACGGGAGCUUCGCUUGAAGAAGCAUUCAAUGGAACCACUAAGCCACCUAAUUGGCAGAAGUACAUCUGGGAGAUGCAAGAUGGUUACCAGAACGAAGACUUCAUCGUCUGGAUGCGAACUGCUGCAUUCCCGACCUUCCGCAAGCUGUACGGUAGGGUCGUGGACCAGCCCAACACGAGGCUAGAUAAUGGCUUACCGGUCGGAAACUACACCCUCACUGUCCAAUACAACUAUCUUGUCCACAUGUUUGAUGGUACAAAGAGCAUUGUUCUGACCACAACCUCAUGGUUAGGGGGCAAGAACAACUUUUUAGGAAUAGCAUACAUCGUGACUGGAUCUAUUUGCAUCGUCUUUGGCGCCUUAUUUCUUAUCGUUCAUAUCAGGCACGGAAAAAAACUGGAUGUACAACGAGGGGAGAAGCGGGGAUUCCAAUCCUUGUAAUUCAACUUUGAUUUACAAAACCUCUUAAUGCAAAAAAAGCCCUGAAACACCCUGGAAAGUACUACAGAAGUCAUUGGAUGAUGAUAACGGACUUCUUUUCUUCGCUCUUCUUUUCUUUCAUUCUUCACUCAAUCAUUCCACCUUGGACUUCAAAGAAAGGAUACACCACUCUUCAGCCUCCCAAGCUUAACACCAGUGAUUCUAGCACCAUUACCUCAACCUGCUACCCAUACACAAGACACUCAAGUGUAUAUUCUCUAAGGUGUAUGGCAUAAAUGUAGUGUGCCUGUGAUGCAGCACCGGACAUAAAGCAAAGUGCAGUGUCAGAGGAUAAAUUCAAAAAAUGCGAUUAUGAAAGCAUUUUAUGAUUUGGGAUGUGCUGCAUGUAUAUUUCCCUUUUGAGCCAGAAGGGCAUUAAUUCUGAGUUAGGAUUGAAGUUGUAAUGCCCUUCUGGAUCCAAAGAGACGAUAUUUACAUUGGCUUGUUAAUAUCAGGAAAUAUUUCAAAAUACAGUGUUUGUUGUCCAAGAUAUACCAGUGAGCAUUAACACACAUGCCUGUCUCUUUGUAAUCAAGGUAACUCUUAAGUUGUAGCAUAAUCCAGCAUUCAUACCACCCGACUUCAUCGUAUAGCUAUACAAUAAGUAAUUAAACUGUUUGUAGUCUGAACGUCGUGUAGAGAAAUGUUGUAUAAUUGAACAUAUGUUUGAGCGUCAUUUCAAAUGGAAACUCAAAUAUAGAGUCAGGGCCUGGCUAUAGCCUGAACAUCAUAUUAUAUGAAAAUAAUAUAAUAUAAUAUAACUUGAUGUUAUACAAUGUUGUUUUCUAGUCUUUAUGUUUGCUUGACUAUAUGGUUAUUCUUUACAUGACAUUUCUUUAUACGAGUUCCAUAUAAUUAGCUUAGUCUGAAAGAGCUAUGAGACUCUGUUCCUGGGAAAAGGAUAAAUCAUUUGUAUUCUGACUUAGACUUUUUCUUUGAAUCCAACAUGCAUGUAUUUAGUCCAAAAUGGAGUGAAAAUUUGUGAAAGCUUAUGAUGUGCUGUUGUCCGUUUCCUUUUUUUUUCUUCCUCCGAGUACUUUCUCAAUGUCUUCUACAUCAAAUAGUCUUGUUUCAAAUAUAUUAACUUAUUUUUGUAAUUCCCCCAUUCCUUUAAGCUUUAAAAAAUAAUCAAAUAGUCACCUGUUAUUAUUCAGAUAUGUGUUUACUAUGGAUAACUGUAGCUGAUUGUAGAAGACAUAAUUUGUAAUGGUAAGAUAUUUUUAAGUUGUUCAAUCUUCUCUUUCUAAAUUUUAAUGUUUAACAAUAACUCUAUUUUUCUUAUUUUUUGGAGACAAACAUACUCUUUUUAAUCUGUACUAUUUAGGAUAUAUUUUGACCCCUAAAACGUAUGGAAAAGUGCCUGCUAGCUUCUGUUCCAUUUUAAGUGAGUUCUUCAUCAACUUUUAAGUGAGCCAUGAAGACACUUUGUCUCAUUGGCAAAAAAUGAUGUACCAUGCCAUGGUAUUGCAUACAUUGUGACUAUAAGUGAGGUACUUUUAAAAUAGUUGAUUUAUUCUUAUCAAAUAUCCUUCCCUCUAUUUGCUUUACUCUGAACUUGAUACUGUUCCUAACCGAGGUAGUGCAAUGUAUACAAUGUAAAUAAUCAUUUUGUAUCUGUAUGUAUGGUAAUGACAAGUACAGAAUAUCAACUAAGAAAACCAAAAUUUGUAUAACGAUUUGACAUACCGGUAAUAAAACUGUAAUUGAUGUACCGGUACUUCGAUAUUACCAUGCUAUUUGUUAAAAUUAGACCUGUUGGGACUCAUUUCUAUCCAUGAUGAUGUUAUUUGAUUUUAUAUGUGGUGAUGUAGAAUUAUGAUUACCGGUAGAUAUAUUAUAUUUAGAAGAGAUACAUUAUUAUAUUGCCAUGAUUUAAUAUUUGUAAUAUAUAUAUAUUAUGUUCACUUUUGUAAUGACAAGUAGCGUAUGAUUAUAUCCAGGGAUAUGAAAGCCUACACUUUCUAGUGUGUAUAUUUAGGUUGCACUGUGCACUAUGUAUUCAUGUAUUAACAUGUCUGCAUGAUCUGCUUAGUAUUGUUUUAACAUAAUUGGAUUUGAAACCUCUUUAAGGGUGAUACUCUAUUCCUUGCAGCUAACUUGUUUUUACAUUGGCUAUGCAGUAGGGGGGAAUUUUUUUUUUUUUUUUUUUUUCUUCAUUUAUAUAAAUGUAUACAUGGAUUUGCAUAUGAAUAGUAAUGAAUAAAAGUAAGAACAAAAUGUUUAAGCGACUUCAUGUACUGCUUAAAAAUGCAUGUACAUGUGUGUAUAGCAUGAUCACAAAGGCUUUCAAGAAAUCAAACCAAGGGCAAUAGGCUUGUAUAUCACCUUAUGAAAUACAUGUAUGGAAACAUGACGAUGACAUAUUACAUAAUCUGAUAAAUAAUGGCUUCUUACAUAGCGCUAACAUUCAUCACGUUUUGAGACUGUGAUGCUCAUUCAUGGUGCAUCAAAAUUGUUACUAGUAGAGUAACUAGUGCUCAAGUCUACCAGGUACCCAUUCACCUCACCUGGGUGAAGAGUGGCAGAUGUAGAUAAACGUCUUGCCGAAGGAUGUUAGUGCCACGCAGGAAGGCGAUUUAUAUAGGCAAUACACUAUGAUGUUGCCCUGGAGUUGGUUUCUUGAAAGUCUGUGCGUUUGUUUUGAAUCUAUGAUAGAUAUGAAACUAUUUAUUGUUAUUCAUGAUUCUAAUUUUUAUCAGGUAUUGAAUAAUACCUUCUAUUCUUGCUUUGUACUUUAUGAAAUUAUGUUUAAAUUGUAUUAAUGAUUUUUCUUUAGUGACAUUGUGAUGGUCUUUAUAUCAUACAGGGUUUAGUCCACCUUUUUUGUUUAGUAGCCGCAACUAUGUUGCUAUCAUGGAAAACCUCAAAAAAUAUGAAUUUUAAGAAUUCAUACAUGAUUGAAUAAAAUAGAUAUCAUUUCACAUAAAAAUAUUAAUAUCUUAUAAACAUGUUUGCGUGUUUAUGUUUUAGGAUUUUGGUUUUAAUUGAGUAAUUUGAAAACAUUUAGAGAUGUUUUUAAUGAAUCAGACAAGUCAACAAAACUAACUUUAUUUUGAGUCAAAUAAUGGUAUAUAAAACUGAUCAAUGUUUUAUUACAUGUAAUGCCAACUAGAAACAUCAAUAAAAUCUUUCUUUUAUCUAAAUAACA